UCUCCCCUCAGCCUCUCUCGUUCUCUCACUCUCUCUUGCUGUAUCUCACUGUCUCUCUCAGCGUCUGUAGUUGCACCUGUCUCUCUCGUUGCCAACACUUCUUCUGUUGCUCCCCCUUCUAGGUGAAGAUGGCGGCCCAGGAGAGCUGUCUGAGCCUCAUCAAGUACUUCCUGUUCGUGUUCAACCUCUUCUUCUUCGUCCUAGGCAGCUUGAUUUUCUGCUUCGGCAUUUGGAUACUCAUCGACAAGACCAGCUUCGUGUCCUUUGUGGGUCUGUCCUUUGCACCCCUGCAGAUCUGGUCCAAGAUCCUGGCUGUCUCAGGAAUCCUCACCAUGGGCCUGGCCCUCCUGGGUUGUGUGGGGGCCCUCAAGGAGCUCCGCUGCCUUCUGGGCCUGUAUUUUGGGGUGCUGCUGCUCCUGUUUGCCACGCAGAUCACUUUGGGGAUCCUCAUCUCUACUCAGCGGAUUCGGCUGGAGCGAAGAGUUCAGGAGCUGGUACUGGAGACCAUCCAAAAUUACCGCAUGGACCAAGAGGCGACAGCGGCUGAGGAGAGCUGGGACUAUGCACAGUUUCAGCUGCGCUGCUGCGGCUGGCACGCCCCCCAGGACUGGUUCGGAGUGCUGAGAAGCAACGAGACUGAGGCACCUCGCGUGCCCUGCUCCUGCUACAACUCCUCGUCCACCAACGGCUCCACCAUCUCCCACAAGGUCUUCUUCUCCCAGCUCGGCCUGCUGGGCCGGCGGGCUCGGCCCCAGCCCAGCUCGGACCUCUGCGUGGUCCCGGCAAAUGAGUACAUCUACGGCGAGGGCUGCGCUCGGAGCCUCCAGAAGUGGCUGCAUAACAACCUCAUCUCCAUAGUGGGCAUCUGUCUGGGCGUCGGUCUACUCGAGCUCGGCUUCAUGACCCUCUCCAUAUUCCUGUGCAGAAACCUGGACCACGUCUAUGACCGGCUCACUCGUUAUCGCUAGGCCCUACCCUGCCCCCACCGGUUGCCCAGGGCUCCUCCCUUGGGUCUGUACAUGUUUGUUUCACACCUCCCCCCCCCCUCCAUCAUCUUAGGCAGCAAGUACUCAGCCUCUUCAUUCCCUGGGGACCCAGGGUUGGCCUACAGAUUUGCGAUCACCUCCCCCUUGGGACCUGGGGCUUCCUUCCACCAGCUAGUUCCUACCCCCACAAAAACCUCUCUUCUUUCUUUGCCUCUUCUGUGGGUCUACCACCUCCCAAGAUUAUUCUUCGACCAAACCUCAAAUAAAUCCCCUGUGUUUUGGUAAAAA